AUGUUGCAGCCUGUCCCACAUGUUCCUCCUACAAGGACUUACAUCAACAUCCCCCUGGUUUCCUCCAGCCGUUGCCAAUCCCUUACCGUUCUUCGGUCCCACAUCACCCUGGACUUUGUGACUGGUCCCCCUCCUCCAGAGCUCUGCUUCCCACAGCUCCUCAACGCCUCGUGCAAAAGGCCGACGCAGCAUCAAGCUGAGAGCGUUUUCAUUUCCGUCCUGCUGUCCUGCAUCUCUCUGCUCACGACAGUUCUCAACCUGCUGGUCAUCAUCUCCAUCUCACACUUCAGGCAGCUCCACACUCCCACCAACCUCCUCCUCCUCUCUCUGGCCGUCUCUGACUUCCUUGUAGGCCUCCUGCUGAUGCCGUAUAGAAUCCUCCUGAUAGGAAGCUGCUGGUUUUUAGGGAAGUUCAUGUGUGGUUUUUUUCAAUAUGCGUCCUUCAUCAUCACAUCAUCGUCUGUGGGAAACAUGGUGCUGAUUUCAGUGGACCGAUACGUGGCCAUUCAUGACCCUUUGACUUACACCACUAUGGUCACACAGAGAAGAGUUCGAGUGUGUGUGUGUGUGUGUUGGGCCUGCUCUGUCUCCUAUAAUGGUGUAAUGCUAAAAGACUUCCUCAUGCACCCAGACGCAUAUAACUCCUGCUAUGGGGAGUGUGUACUUGUAACUAAUUACAUCACAGGAGCUGUAGACAUCGUGUUGACAUUUAUUGGUCCCAUCACAGUCAUCAUUGUUCUGUAUAUGAGAGUCUUUGUCGUUGCUGUGUCUCAGGCUCGAGCCAUGAGGUCUCAGAUCGUGUCGCUCCAGGGUUCGAUUUGUGUAGUUGCUCAGAAGUCAGAGAGGAAAGCAGCUAAGACUCUGGGAGUGGUAGUGGUUGUGUUCCUGGUCUGUUUCUGUCCGUACUUCUACCCGUCUCUUAUAGGUCAGGAUACAUCAGGCAAUGUGGCAUUUUCUGUUUUUGGUGUGUGGCUGCUUUACUGUAACUCCUGUCUGAAUCCAGUCAUUUAUGCUUAUUUCUACCCCUGGUUCAGAAAAUCAUUACAGCUCAUUGUUACUCUGCAGAUACUGCAGCCUGGCUCCUGUGACGCCAACAUGCUGUAGACAUGCUUAUAAUAACAAGCUCAACAAGGGAGCUAAAACAAGGGAUUUCAGAAAGACUUCACACAGAUUAUGAUCAUUAUUAUUAUGUAAAGUGUUUAUGAGAGUUAUUUUAUACAAUUAAAAAUGACACAAGCAUCGUCUAUAUAAACAAAUAUGUUUGAGUUUUCUUAUAUGCUGUUGCUUUUUUCAAGACAUGAUGCUUUGACACAUGAAAACAGUGAAAACCUUAUAAAUUAAACAUCCUUUGGUUUAAAGGCCUUUAACAAAUUGGGAGCAAAGCAUCAGCUGGAUGUGGACACAUAUUGUAGCACAUGUACUGGUUUGUGGUACACAUACUGUAGUACUGUAGAGCUUGAUUAAUAUUUCUACUGCAAACUAUCAAAUAAAGGCAGAAAUAAAAAAAGGACAUUUGUUUAUCUUAAAGCUUUAUUUCCUAAUGGCAGAUAAAAAAACAUGUUUGUGGUAAAACUAAAUCUACUCGUCACAUCUAUGUCAAAUAAUUAUUAUUAAUUGAAAAAGAAUUGGUCAAGAUUAGAGAAAAUGACAAUGAUGUGUUGAACAGCCUGUGACUUUGUACAGGUUUUCGUUUUCGUGUUAGGAUUUUAA